AUGACAUGUAAUGCGAAAAUAUAAUACUGUAUGAAAUUUCAUGCCUGUCGCCUCUAUUUGCAGUAUGAAAUUUCCAGUUUUCAGUAUUUAUUGAGCAAUCCUGACAUCUGAUUACAAAAAUUCAAGAACGAGGCUUGGAGUAAUUACUAAUUACAACAUUCCAAUUUUAUCUUUUACGUUGAUAAGAUGUUGACCAGGACUCUAGUCGCUCUCUUCUUCCUGCUCUCGCUACUACACAAUUCUGAUGGACAGUUUGCGGACUAUUGCAUAGCAGACGAGCAAACCCCGGAGGAUGAGGUGGUGCAAGCCAUGAAGUGGGCUUGCGGCAACGGAGCCGACUGCAGCGCCAUCGGAGAGAAUGGGGUGUGCUACCUUCCCAACACAGUCAAGGACCACGCCUCUUAUGCAUUCAACAGCUACUAUCAGAACAUGAAGCACAAAGGAGGCAGCUGUUAUUUUAAUGCUGCUGCAAUUCUAUCUGAUCUCGAUCCAAGUCACAAUUCGUGCAAGUUCGAGUAUCUUCCUUGAGCACUGUUACAAGCCAAAACUCGUCAUCAAAUUUUCUUCAUAUUUUAUAGUUGUAAUAGAUGUCUCAAUUUCUUUUAUGACAGGCUUCGUUUUUUUUUUAUUAUUAUUAUUUAAAGAAGGUGAUUUGUUUCCAUUUUUUUCUUUCCUAAUGUCAAAGAAGUGCUUUUGUGAGAAGUGCAAA